AAGAAAGAAAUGGUUGGCGUCAAAAAAAAAAAAAAAAAAAAAAAAGAAAUGGUUGACUAGUUGUCCUUGUCUACCACCAAAACCAAGACUUCUUCUUUUCCUCUCUCCUUCCCCUUUACGCGGAAUCGGGAAUUCGCCGGAGUUAUCGAAUUCUCGAAUUCCGCCGACAUUAAAUCUUAAGCAUAUAACUUCCCUUAGAAUAUAACACACAUUCAAUUUUCUCCAAUUUCUUUCAUUUCAAUCUCCUCUCAAUUCUUUGCUACCAAGAAAAUUAACAACUUCUUUCCUUUGAUUCGAUUGUUUUUUCCUUUGGAAAAUAAAAUGGGAACUCCGGCAUUUCCAAACUUGGGAAAACACUGCUUCGUUGAUGAUUGCAAGCAAAUUGAUUUCCUCCCUUUCACUUGCGACCGUUGCCACCAGGUAUUUUGCCUUGAGCAUCGAAGCUACAAGCAGCAUCAAUGUCCACAUGGUGACAACCAAGGUGUCACUGUCGUGAUAUGCCCACUUUGUGCCAAAGGAGUUCGCUUGAUACCAGAUGAAGACCCAAACAUCACUUGGGAAUCUCAUGUCAACACCGCCUGCGACCCAAAAAAUUACGAGAAAGUAACCAAGAAGAGGAAAUGCCCUGUUACAGGCUGUAAGGAAACCCUCGUGUUCUCCAAUACUGUCAAAUGCAAGGAUUGUAAAAUAGAUCAUUGUUUGAAACAUCGAUUUGGACCCGAUCACAAGUGUUCUGGACCCCCAAAAUCCAACACUGGAUUCCCAUUCAUGGGUCUCUUGAACACCACUAGUAGAAAAGAAGUGUCACGGUCCAAUCAACCAGUCCAAUCAAAAUCAUCAGCAUGGUCCCGAUUCGUUAGUGCUGCUUCAUCGGCCCGAGCCUCAGCUGAAGCAGGCAUGGCAAAGUUGAGUAGUGAUUUUAACCAGACACUUCAGGUUGGGCAAGGCAGUAAUAGUACCGUGAACACUGGUGGGUCGGGAGGCCAGGAAGUGUGCCCACAGUGUAACGUGAGGUUUUCAUCAGUUACAGCUCUCGUGGAGCAUGUUGAGAAAGUUCAUGAAAGAAGUAAUAACCGCAGCAGUGUAAGGAAGUUGUCAAUUGAUGUAUGCCCGAAAUGCAGCAAAGGAUUUAGAGAUCCCGUUGCUCUUGUUGAGCACGUUGAGAAGGACCAUGGAGGCACCUCCAGGGUUUAGAAAAAGGCAGGCUCCUGUUUUCCCUAGCUUCAUUAUCUUGAGGUUGCCUGGUCAUAUAUCUGCUCCGUGGCUGUAAAUUGUCAAUUUAGUGAUUCAUACUGUUAUUGUGCGUCCAAAAAAAAAAAAACUGACAAACAUAUGCUGUAUUCUUUGUACUGAUAUCUGAAAGAAGUUUUACCUCAUUGAUUAUGGUUCCUUUUUUUGGCUAUACAAAUAGAAAAAUGUACAUUGGACAGUUUUUAAGAGAAUGGAAAUCUGAUGUGAAUAUUAUUCUGUUCUUAUC